AGUGACAAGAAUCCAGGCUGCUUAAGUUGUAUUGCUCCCCCAGCCGUAAACCCGAACAGAAGUAUCACCGUUGGAAGCUCGCCUCACUAUGACACUAAGCAGCGGGAGAGCGAUAGCGGUCUGGGCCUAGCAACCAGAAAAGAAUCUCCCUGGAACAAUUUCAGAAAAUACUACGAUUGUGAUUUAGCUGGCCCUGUCGCAGUAUACCGCGGCGUCUGGGCAGUACGCCAGUAUCCAAUUGAGAACGCUGACAAGAUACUGCGGAUCCUCCGCUCUAUGCGCCAUAAGAACCUGACCUCUAUGCAGAAGUAUUUCUGCACUCCGGAGCUUCUGUACACACUGGGGGAUUUCGACCCUCUCGUUCUAGAUUAUAUCGUCGCUUGCAAAGCCUUCCCAGACAAGCAGGAGCUGGCUGCCAUUAUAUCUCAGGUUUGUUUCUUAUUUCUUUCCACCUGUCUGCCAUAUAACCAAAUGACUGAUCUGGCACAGUUUAUUGCCGGGCUGUUAUACCUCGUGGCGAACAACUUCCAUCACAUAUCUCUGGACUGUUCUAGCGUCCCCGUCAAUCUAAAUAGGUACGUCAAAAUCGGCAAGUUCAUUCCAUUACUACCUCCCAAGUCAAUCCAACCUAACAAGGCACGGUAG